AAACCGCUGAUACAAUUGAACUCAUACACCGCAGCGGAGCACACUGACAGCAUCACUCUUUGAACUGUAUUGGGGCAGGGAUUCAAUGAGGAUGGGAAAAAUAGCAGUCGGGUACGGAUUUCUUUUACUGCUCGUGUUCCAGCUGGGGGUUAGAGCCAGUACUUUAUUCAACAAGUACACCGUGCAGGAGAUGUCCAGUCUGAAGGAUUUACUUGAGCGUCUGGAAGAGAAACUUUCCCCAGGUGAGGAGAGCGACGUGUACGCAGGAUCUGAAGACCUGGUCAACGAUCCCGAAGAAGACGUUGAUCUGAUCUUGGACAAUGUUAGGAAACAAGCCGAGAAAGAGUUUUAUAAACCGGUUGGUUUGCGGGAGGAAAACCUGCAAAGGGGCAGGCUCCGGAGUAUUGCGACUUCAGCUAGAAGCAUGAACGGUUGCUUUGGGAACAGGAUUGAAAGGAUCGGCUCGUGGAGCUCGCUAGGGUGCAACAACUCCAGAUUUGGUUCAAAGAAAAGGAUAUUUUAGUGUAAACUGAACGAACGUCUCUCCAUUGACUUCAGGACUUUAACCACUCGUGCAGAAGAUGGAUGUGACAAGCCUCCCAUUGUUACGUGUGUGCGCUCUCAGUGACGUCAAUGUUUCCACACACUGGGAAACAGAACAUGUCUGUGCAACAUAUAUUUAUGAUGUAAUUGUGUAUGUUGGUAUGUGGUCCCUGUUAUACAGUUUGAAGAUAAAGGUUGACCUUACUUAUAGCAAAAACGGUUAAAAUUGAUAUAGAAGGGCCGUGAUCGUCCGUGUUUUCUAAAGGUGUGCAGUUCUGCAUGGUGUUUAUAUAUAUAUACAUGUAAUGUACAGUAUUUAAAGCGUUCACGCGAGUUCUGUAUUCAGUUGUUAUUUUGAAAUAAAUGAGAUGUCUCUGUACUUGGAGUGGCAAUGUAGAAAUUCUAUUUGUAAUAAACGACUUUUACGUA